ACUCCACCAAAUUUAAUAAGCCCGUAAUUUAUCAUUCACCAAGUUAUCUUUCCUCCGACGACAUCAACAAUUGCUGCAUCAAAACGUUCUCAAAUAUAGAACAAUCUGAAGACUGAUAAUUCCAAUUUUUUUCAUCCCUCGUGAUUGUUUUUUCAACAUCUUAAAUUACCGCAGGUGAUCAAACGUCAAUUUUAUCCCCCCCUUUCCGGACUGAAGCAAGAUAAAUUGAUAGGAAUUAUCUCCAGUGCUGUAGAAAUUUUUUUAUGGAGAAUUUUGAAUAAUGCUACGUUAUAAAAUUAACAUUUGUGUCAGCAAUACAUAAAGUUAUGUGGAGUAGGAUAAAUGGUACAUGGACGACGAGUCUUGAUCUUGACGGAUUGAUUGUGAAGAGUAAGAUUUUUCUUUUUUGGACUCCAUCCAAUCCUGUUGACAUUACACUGAGGCAUCCGUUUUUUUUUUAUUUGACUGCUAUUGUUGAUACAAUUUGACAGGAUGAGUUGCAUACGCUGUUGUCUCACUAACACUAGUCGUUUGGUGUCCUCCAGCCAUGUCGCUAACCAUGUCCACAAAAUCGUGAGGGUCGUUGCAACGAGGUCACUGGCCACCACUGGCGUUCUGUCAAAAGUACCGACUGAACCAACACCUCCUACGAAAGAUCUUGGUAGCUCAUCCUCAGGUGCUCCAACAGGCGGCAAUGGCACCGGUGGUGGCAAAAAGAACACCCUGACUUGCCCUAAGUGUGGUGAUCCCUGCACUCAUGUUGAAACGUUCGUAUCGUCAACUAGAUUUGUCAAGUGCGAAAAAUGUCACCACUUUUUCGUAGUAUUGUCGGAGAUCGACUCGAAAAGAACUCUCAAGGAGGCCACGAGGACAGAAGACACCAAACAAGGAUUCUACAGAAAACCCCCUCCACCCCCUAAAAAGAUAUACGAGUACCUGAAUAAACAUGUAGUGGGCCAGGAAUUCGCUAAAAAAGUGUUAAGCGUAGCAGUAUACAAUCACUACAAACGUAUCCACAACAACUUGCCACCUCAAAAUUCAGUUCAGGCCACUGCCACUUCUGCAGGUCCACAGGACCUCAACCAUCCGUUCACACACAGAGGUCUCAAGCCGCAUUUACUCAACGUAUCUAGUAUUGGGAAUCCUCUAGGGGUUGGCUUCCAGCAUGGCUCCAGUGCUGACCCCCAGGGAAAAACGAACAGUGGAUCGUCGGUUCCAGGAUCAGAUAUUCUGGACAGCAAGCAGCAUCAACUGAAGCUCGAGAAGAGCAACAUUUUGCUGCUGGGGCCGACUGGAUCUGGGAAAACACUACUGGCCCAGACCAUUGCCCAAUGCCUGGACGUUCCUUUCGCUAUCUGUGACUGCACGACCUUGACCCAAGCUGGAUACGUCGGUGAGGACAUCGAGAGUGUUAUCGCAAAGCUCCUGCAAGAUGCCAAUUAUAUUGUAGAAAGAGCACAAAUGGGAAUUGUCUUUCUGGAUGAGGUAGAUAAAAUCGGUGCUGUACCCGGGAUUCAUCAGCUGAGGGACGUGGGCGGCGAGGGGGUUCAACAGGGGAUGUUGAAGAUGCUGGAGGGGACCAUUGUCAAUGUUCCAGAGCGCAACAGUUCGCGAAAAUUACGAGGGGAUACCCUCCAGAUUGAUACGACGAACAUCUUGUUCGUAGCAUCUGGAGCGUACAAUGGGCUCGACAGGCUCGUAUCUCGUCGCAAGAACGAGAAGUAUCUGGGAUUUGGAGCUGCUCCAGCCUCUGAAAGCCCUGGGAGGCGUGCAGCAACCCUCGCUGAUGUCGCCAACAUGUCACCUUCAACUGAGAACGAUAACAGAGAGAAAGACGUGCUCCUCAGGCAGGUCGAGGCUAGGGAUCUCAUCGACUUCGGAAUGAUUCCCGAGUUUGUUGGCAGAUUUCCCAUUCUCGUGCCCUUCCAUACUCUUGAUAAGAACAUGCUCGUGAGGAUCCUCACUGAGCCCAGCAAUGCGAUGGUACCCCAGUAUCAAAUGCUCUUUUCCAUGGAUAAGGUGGAUCUCACAUUUACAACUGAAGCCUUAGAUGCAAUAGCAGCAUUAGCAAUGGAACGAAAAACUGGUGCCAGAGGUCUCCGCGCAAUAAUGGAGUCUUUACUGUUGGAACCAAUGUUCGAUGUUCCUGGGAGUGAUACAAUGUCUGUCCAUGUCACCGAGGCGUGUGUUUGUGGACAAGAGAAGCCGCAGUACGUACGACGGGGCGAUGCAACUGAGGAAGAGCCCCAACAGGCGCAGCACUCCUUCUCCAUUUCAACUACUGGUAAAACUACAGCUGCGAUGACUAGACAACGCCUACGAAAAAAAUCACUGAUCCUGGAGUCAGAUGAAAAAUAUCAAAGAGAAAUAGAUCGAAAAAUCAAUGAAAUUGUAAACGAUAUGUUCCAAAUACAAAUAUAUACAUAAAUUCUACGUUGAAUAUCUUA